AGUACGCACCGCGCGUCGUAUAGAAAAUUAUCAAAAUCCUUAAACAGCCUAUACCUCUCCAUUUCGUAAUAUCACCGAUUUACGAUUUUGCCUUGAUAAUUCUCUGCAAAAAUUCAGGUUUUUGAUCUUUGCUUGCUGUAAUUGGGAGUUGUUUCAGUGGUUUGAACGAUUUCUGCGGCCGAUCAAUGAAAGGAGAAGUGCAGCUAGAGCCAGCAGGUGAAACGGAACGAGACCCUACUGACGUGGACCCUCUGCUAGAGAACCAGGAAGAUUCGUCACCUGGAAGCUCGACUGAGAUUUACAAUGAAGACCUCGAGUCUGGCUCCAUUCCCUGUUGUCGCAUUUGUCUUGAAAGCGAUGCUGAACCAGGGGAUGAAUUGAUUUCACCUUGCAUGUGUAAAGGCACCCAGCAGUUUGUUCAUAGCUCCUGUCUUGACCACUGGCGCUCUGUUAAGGAGGGAUUUGCUUUCUCACACUGCACAACUUGCAAAGCCCAAUUUCACCUUCGAGUUGAAUCAUAUGAGGACAAUUCUUGGCGUAAAAUAAAAUUCAGAGUUUUCGUUGCAAGGGAUGUUUUCCUUGUAUUUUUAGCUGUACAAUCAGUAAUUGCUGCAAUUGGUGGCUUUGCGUAUGUCAUGGACAAAGAUGGUGCCUUCAGGAAUUCAUUUAGUGAUGGUUGGGAUCGUAUCUUGUCAAAACAUCCUAUACCAUUUUAUUAUUGUAUAGAGGAUCUGGCAGAGACAUUAUCACAUCCUGACCAAGAGGGAACUCACAAAGGAGUACAUAGUGGAGGAUCUUCAUGGAUGUUAUACCCCACCAAAAUUGGAUCCAGAACAUGAAGCACGUCUGAAAAUGCUCAAGUUGUUGUAGUGAUGGAUGAGGAGGUAAAAUAAAUUUAUCAGGUAAUGAAAUCGGCGAUGUGUAUUUGCUUGACGUUAAAAGGAGCAGAGAAGGAAAAGAUUUUAGUCUCAUUCUUCCUUGAAUUCACCAAAAUGUGACCACCUGUGCAGUUGUUUUAUACUCUCAAUUCUCUUAUGAUUUUGCUCUGCUCUGAUAUUGUACCAGUUUGGAUAUUCUUGGACUUGUCUCCUCCCGAGUCCUAUGAAGCCUGCGUGUAUUUGUCUUCCAUGAAGUGGAUUUUAGGCUGGUGUUGUAUGCUUUACCUCAAUGCUGCCAUCUGUUCUCCACCCUCGGCCACUCUUUGGGGUUGGUAGGAUUAUAGGAUAAUUAAUACAUAACCCAAAUUACUAUUA